CUUAUAUAUAAUAAAGGCUAAUUAGCUCUUUGUAAAUAAUCCCAGAAAACAAUCCACGGUUGAAUAGCAAUCAUGUCUAAGCUCGGCACCAUUUUUGCCCUAGUCCUUGUCCUCACCUUGGUGGUUAUUCACGCUGCUCGCCAGGAGCCUGGCUUCGCUAGUGAUUCUCUGAAUGUGAAGGCAGAGAAAGCUGAGACCGAGGAGAGCUGUGAAGGAGUGGAGGAAGAUGAGUGCUUGAUCAGAAGAACUCUGGUGGCUCAUGUGGAUUACAUCUAUACACAGGGUGAAACUGAAAACCCAUGAGCUAGUGUGAGAUUACUUUCAUUUGUAAUGUAGUCAUGAUCACUUAUGAUUCAUGACCGAUAUCAAUAAUGAUGCUUGGGAUUGCAUCACACUUUAACAAUAAUAAUAAUAAUAAUAUUUCGCUAA